CCCAGUUCCUUCCGCACGCAGUACCUUGGUACACCCUCGUCUCCCGUCCUUGACCUGGGCUCGCCGCUGCCGCUCUCAUUCCCUCAUCAUCUCCGCCCUCCAACAACUUUCUCCCUCAACUUGUUUUUUGCUUCUCGACGAGAGUUGCAAAUCACAAAGGGUGUUGGAGAUUCUUUGUGUGCUUUGAGGUGUUGGGAAUAUUGCACUGCCUGUCAGUGACAAAACCAUCUGGCACUCCCCUUUGUCCUCCUGAAUCGGAGAACAGCCCCCAUAUUCCUAGGCUCUCACGCCCAUCUCAUCAAAACAGCGGCCUCUCUCUCAGCUCACCUUGUUGGAUGACAAUGUGACAACGCUCCUCACGAUUUCUUUUUUGACUAUUGCACAUUGACGAAUCCUUACCUCCUCAGCUACGAUUCUUCGACUUCUUCUCUUCAUCUUCAACCUGUGAACCCGAACGAUCUAACGUCACGCUUCCGCCCAGCUCCUGCAUUGAUCGACACAACAUUCAACUCCGCGACAUUUCCCACCCCACGGCCUACAGAGGCUCGUGAUGACCUCCAGUAUGAACUCGCUCAAGGUUCCCGAAAGCGGGCUGCAGCUGGAGGGCUCGACUGGCAAGGAUGCCAGCCUGCCUUCCCAGGCCUUUGCUGUCACCCUGAGUGAUAAUGUUAUUGAGGACAUGAUCAAAUGCGUCCAGAACGGAGAUGGCAUUCAACUUUCUCUUGGAGCCAAUCCCGUAAGUUGAGCAACCCAAAGCCUCUUGUCACAACGGAUUUGAGGUUGCACAUUUGGCUCAUGUUUUCGAAUGCUAACAUGCCCGUGCCAGACCUUGCUCUUUGGUUCCAAAUCCCACGCCAUUGAGCCGCCCUCCGACUCGAACCCAUAUGAUCUUUACCUCACACGACCUUUCGAAUCGACACGAACUGCCGAAAAGAUACCAUACACCGGCUCUCUCUUUGAAAAGCCAUCGGGUGCUACUUCGAAGAAACUGAAGACUGGCAAGGCCGACAACACCACUGACGGCAAGCCCGCAAAGUCCAGCAAGAGCGCCCAAUCGGGACGAGAUUCUGACAUCGAGGCUCUUCAAAAUGGACUUGCGGCUCAUGCUGCUUCUCGGGAGAAGACUCGCGUGGUCGACAGGUUACCAGCGAAGAAGGCAGCUAUCAAGAGCAAAAGCAAAUUGCUCGACUCAACUCCACGAUCGAUCCCCCAGUCACCAGGUCAAGUUUCGCUCGGGUCCCUUACACCCAACCCUACGACAUCACAGCCCCUUGAUCGAGCCAAAGGAGACCGAGCCAUGCUGGUGCAUGAGCUCGCUGUGCAGGAUCGCUCAUUUGAUUACUUGGCCAAGAAGUGGGAAGGCAAGGUGGAAGACAUGGAGCCGACGCUUCGAAAAGUUGCCGAUGAUCUCGACGAUAACAACAAAUGGUCACUGAAGAAGAAGUCCUGGAGAGACCUUGAUGUUUGGAAUUAUGAUUAUGAUACCCAAGAACUACGACAGAAGGCGAUCGACAACGCCGUUCGACAAUAUGACAAGCAGAGAGUCACCAUCUCAGAGCCAGAGUGGGACAGACUACUACCCAAGGAGGAGCGAGGAACUGGCAAGAGUCUUAGCCGAGUGCAGGCUAAGAUUACAAAGACUGUCAGCGCGCCGUCAAUCAAUGUUGAAAUGGCGGAUGGAGGCACAACGCCUCGAGAGAGUGGGGAUUCUCAGGACGCCAACCGGCCAAGGGUUGGAGGAGAGGCUAUGUCGAGGUCCACCUCAAAUCCUCUUUCUACUAAGCCCAAGAAGCCCACUGCACAGGAGGCCCAGGUCAAGCGCCUCUUGGGUAAAUCCAAGGCUAAGACGGCUGCAUCAGCUACAUCCUCCAAGCCGGCAUCCAAGGUGUCUUCGGCUAAAGCAUCUCCCACCAAGUCACGGCCCACCGCCGCGCCCAAGGCAAAUGGAGGAAGGGUUCUAUCGCAGGCCAUCAUUUCUAACUCGGACACCUCAGAAGAUGACGCUGCUCCUACGGUCAAGCCUAAGCCGAAGGCUGUACCUAAACCGGCACCCAAGAUGAGGGACACGGUCGUUGCCAAACCUCGACCUGUGGUAAGGGAACCGAUGAAGCAGCAGAUUACGGCCAAGCGACCUCGCGAAGAUGACGACUCGAGCUCGAGCUCUGGAACACCAUUGUCGAAGCGCAUCAAGCCCAAGCAGCCUCUUCCUGCCCCCCGACUUAAGCACCGACCAUCGGACGCAAGCCAGAACUCUCGUGGAACUAUAACCUCAGCCUCGAUGAAGAGCAAGAACACGUCCCCAACGAAGUCUUCUCCCCUGGCAUCAUCGCCACCCACCAAUGCCUCUGAUCUGGAGAAUGAGGCACCCGGUGCAUCAAUUGUUGCGAAGAAGCGCAAGGUCGAAGGCUUUAGCAAGGGUGGUGUCACAAAGCGACCUGCAGCAUCAAGGUUUUCUGAUGAUCUUGUGCAGAAGGCACAGGCCUUCAAACUAUUUUAUCAAAAGUAUGAGACGCUGCACCAUGAGAUUUCAGCGCUGGACAACCCUUCAAGCAGGAAACUGGGCCAUCUGAUGGAAAUGAGAGACCGACUGAAAACGAUGAAGAUGGAGAUUUACAGCGAAUGUCCCCCAGAGAGGAGCUAAAAGGCGGCAAUAAUACGACAGAACAAGGACAAGAUAAGGUGUGGGGGUUUGAUUUCAGCGGCGUACAGCAUCACGACCGGAUAACUUUUACAGUUGCAUUUUGCAUUGGGAAAACAGGAUCUGCAUGAACGAGCCACCUGUCGGACAGGAACGGAGCUCUCUUUGAUAUUUGCAUCGUUUUUCUUUUUCUUUUUUUGAUACCACAUGAGAAGACAAGAUAGGCCAAACGCGGCCAGAGACAAAGCCAAGCCAAGGCAGGCAGUUAGAUUAGGCAAAGCAGAAGCCAAACAAUACAGAAAAUGUUGAAUUGAAAUCAUGAUAUUCAUAUACACUA